AUGUCCGUUUCUAGUAAAAAUACACUAUGGAUCAAGCUUUUUCUUAUAAAAAAUCCACAUCCAGGAAGCUUGGCGAGACCGUUUACAAACGCCACGAAUUCCACCGACCUUUCCGACUUCGAAAAGGAGCUGGAGAAGCUCCGUUCGGCCUGUUUCGGGGACAAGGAGCACGAACUACUGGCCGGCAACAUCGUCAGGAAGAAUCUGGCGCGAGUUCUGAACACGUGUCUGACCGAGAACAGCGUGGCGACCAUCGGCCUCCAAGAACUACGUUCGGCUCUCAAGUUCGGGCCAGUCCCAUGGAAACGUUACAACAAUACCGAGCCUAGUGAAGCCGACCUAUCCGCGGCUCCAACCUUAGAAGCCUACUACGACCUGAAGGAGCCCAAAGACAUCAUGAGGAGUCUGGACAGCGGCUGGUUGUUCGAACAUAACGUCGCAGCCGGAAUUGCCUACUACGACAAGCGUUUCCCAUCGAUUCGCGCCAUUUUCCGGCAGAAAUUCGAGAAAAUCCUCGAGUCCCAUCCUGGACCUCUGGACAGGAACACGAUCGACAAGCUGAUCGAGGAGUUCUCCACAAUCAACAAGGAAUUGGACGACGCGGCUUCGAGAAUGCAUUACAACGACGAAUGCGAGAAUGAAUAG